AUGGGUGCUCGGAUCCUUUGCGUCGCUGAGAAGCCUGCCAUUGCCAAGGCAGUUGCCCAGCAUCUAUCAGGAGGCGCUCUAAGAACAGUUGCUAUUCGGGGCAAUCAAUAUGUCAAAAACUAUGAAUUUCAAUUCUCUUUUGGCCCGCCUUGGGGAAACUCCUCUGUGACAAUGACCAGCGUUAUUGGCCAUUUGACCGCGCUGGACUUUGAAUCUGAAUGGCGACAUUGGCAGUCGUGUCCUCCAGGACAGCUUUUCGAUGCACCGGUGGUUAAUGAUGUAGAUAAAGACAAAAUCGGCAUUGCUGAAAAUAUUCGAAACAAAGCCAGGCAAGCAGAUGCCCUGUUCAUUUGGACCGAUUGUGAUCGGGAAGGAGAACACAUUGGAUCAGAAGUACGAACUCAGGCGGUUGGCGCAAAUCCUAGGAUUGAAGUCAAGAGAGCAAAAUUCAGUAACACGGAAAGGGCCCACGUAUUGCGUGCAGCGAGGAAUCCGAUUGCUCUCGAUGAACGCCAGAUAAACGCUGUUGCAGCACGAAUUGAGCUGGACCUUAGGAUUGGCGCGGCUUUCACUCGGCUUUUAACGCUCCAGUUAGGAGCUCUGGGCGGAGCUCUAUCAGAGCGUCUAAUUAGCUACGGUAAGAAGACGUACUUUCGCGUGAAAAACUUCAAACCGGAACCUUACUGGUCCAUCAAGGUCACGCAUGCACGAGAUGGUAAAACUGUGAACUUCACCUGGAGUCGGGGGAAUUUGUUCGACAGAGCUGCAGUGGUGAUGAUUUUUGAAAGAUGCUUAACUGCCAAAACCGCUAAGGUUACGAAGGUCAACAAGAAACCUACCAAAAAGUGGCGCCCGCUACCCUUGACAACGGUGGAUCUGCAAAUGAUGGGAAGCAAAUUCCUUCGUAUGGACAGUCAGAAGGUUAUGAAAGUUGCGGAAUCACUUUACACCAAAGGCUUCAUAAGUUAUCCUCGUACAGAAACAGACCAGUUUGACAAGGGGAUAGACUUGAAAAAGCUUAUAGAAAAGCAGAUCCAAGACGGUGUAUGGGGCCAAUAUUCCCAAGGUUUGAUGGCCGGUGGAUUCAAGCAACCACGUUCCGGUCGCCAUAAUGAUCAAGCUCAUCCCCCAAUUCAUCCCGUGACAUAUGUUGCGCCGUCCGUGCUGACUGCGGAUGAACGGCGAGUCUACGAAUUCGUCGUUCGUCGGUUUCUGGCUUGUUGUUCUGACGAUGCGAAGGGCGAAACGUCCGAAGUUGACAUUCAAUAUGGCGAUGAGAAGUUCCAUGCGCAAGGACUCAUUGUUCUAGAGCGCAACUACCUUGACAUUUAUGUAUACGACAAAUGGGAAAGCAGUCAAGAACUCCCCAAAUUCACGGUUGGAGAGGUCUUUGAGCCUAAAGAAGCUAAAAUUACUGAAGGCAAAACUACCCCUCCCAAUUACCUUACCGAGCCAGAGUUAAUUGGCCUCAUGGACGCCAACGGGAUUGGGACGGAUGCUACAAUGGCAGAACAUAUCUUCAAAAUCAAGGAUCGCCAAUACGUGGCCACGAGACGUCGAGGUGGAAACGGUAGGAAUUCUGUUGAGGAAUUCAUCCCCACUAAGCUUGGUGUUGCGCUGGUUGAGGGUUAUGACAACUUGGUACUUGAUCUUGCUGAUUGUCCCAGUCUUUGCAAACCGUUUUUACGGAAGGAGAUGGAAUUGCGUAUGCGAGAUAUAUGUGCUGGGACCACGACGAGAAGGCAAGUUGUAAGCGAAAAUUUGGAAAUGUAUCGCCGGGUUUUCGUUCAUACACAACGAAGGAUUGAGGUCCUCAAGAGAUCAUGCAGAAAGUACGUUUUCGACGAGGCAGAGUAG